AUGGAUGAAGAUACUGUUGCAGAAGUCUUAAAGCAAAAGGGAUACAAUGACAUUCCUCAAGAUUAUAUUCACGAAUUUGUAGAAUCAUUGAAAAAAGAUCAAGAAUAUAAUGAAAAUGCAACAAAUAAAUCAGCCAACAGUAAUAAUUCAUCAGUAAAAGCAAAAACUAAAUCAAAACAAGUUCCAAAAAGGAAUAAGAAGUCAACAACUGGUAAAACAUCUUCAAAUCAAAAUCCAAAGUCUCAGAUACCAAAAAAUCUUUGCAAUUUUACAGAUGAAGAUGAUGUCACUAAAUUUUCAAAUGAAAUGAAGCGCCUCAGACAGGAUGAAAAAGAUCUAUUAGAUACUUUUGAAUGCGCAAUUAAUUUCUUUAAAGGAAAUUAUGGACCGAAUUCAAAGAAUGAAAGCUUUUAG